AGCAGUGGAGGGAGGGGGGAGAGGUGAGGGCUGUACGACAGCAUCACUGAAAUGUUUAGCCCCGUGUCUGUGUAAAGAGCGUUUCUUGCCCGUCGCUGGUCGGAUGGGGAUGUGUUUUCGUAGUUCCUAAGAACAAAGACGCCAUGUCCUUUUCUCUUAAAAAUAAAACUUGGAGUGGUUUUUCUGUGGGGUGUUGGCUUUUAACUCUUUGUAAACCAGUAAGAGAAGCAGGCUGCAGAUGAGACAGAUUGGUACUUUAUGAAACAAUAGAGAGAAAUUGAUUUCACUGGAGAAACAGCAAUUCAGGUGCAGAAGUUUAAAAGAAAAUCCUAGGAAUUACGUGCAAAUUUGAUUUUACAACUAAAGCGGCAGUGUAGAAACUUAAAAGCUUGAGAGAAACAAAGCUCGGUCAUGCCAAGUCUACCGUUUAAAGUUGGCAAAAUACUACAGUUGUGAUUUAGGCGACACUACCAAAAGAAACGAGUUACUUAAAUACGAAUUACAAGAUAAGGAAACGGAUGAGUUUACGUCUGACAUGGAAAGCUUUAAAAAAACAUUUAAUGGUUAUCAGGUAGGAUUUCGUGAACAGAACCUUUAUUUCCUGACUAGCUUCCAGAGGAUUCGUUCAUGCCUUUUUUCCUUAGGGCUAUUACUGGAUAUUGUUCUUCAAAGAUUCAGAUGACUGGUUGGGCAACAGACCUUGAGCAAAAUUCUGUACUGUGCGUGCCAGAUGUGUUGAGGAAUUGAUUUACUCACUGUAAGCAAAAUAGCUGCUCUUGGUUGAAGCACUGAAUCCAGUCAGAUGAAGAGUGUCAAAAGGAGUCUACGAAUGAGACACCAAGAUGGCAGUUCCACUGGGGAGUGAGAGGUUGAGGAAAUGGACUAAUGCAUGAGUGCUGGGAUGUCUGUCCAAGAAAAGGAUGUUAAAACGUGGACUCUGAUGUUAUAAAACCAGAGAAGAUCUGGGUUGUGAUCAUCCUAUCAAAAUGGACUUUGCAUUUGAAUUAAUCAGUGACUAUCCAAUGAUGGAUCUGUUUGAGAACUGGGUGGCAAAAUUUUCCUUUUGGGUUGUUUUUGCAUGACAGGCAAAUUAAUUUGGUAAAAGAUCUGUUGCUACUGCUUUUGAGAAAAUGUAAUUUAUAAAGUGACUUUAAAUAAAAGGUUUUGGUUUAUUUCACACUUUGUGUUUGUCCUUUCUGGCUGAAUAUCUUUUAUUGAGUUGAUAUUGAAGCGGGUUACAUUUUUGGUUGCUAUUAAACUGAGAAAUACUUUAGCUAAGUAUUGGAGGCAAGGUAAAAUUUUGUGCUAUACUUGGUAUCAAAUGUGGUUUUCAUUUGCAAAUUAUGUUCACUUUGCCAUGACUUCCAAUGAAUUUUUAUUCACUGGCUUGUUCAUUCAGGUGCUUAAUAUGAGGGGUUUUCAGUACUUGGCCUAUUGUCAGGGCACUGCUGCUGAACUUUGUGAAGUUAUUUUAAGAUGGAAUUGAUACCAAUUGAAGGCUGAGAAAAUACGACAAUAAAGGAGUACUUGAAUGUUUUGUGUAACUUUUUUAGGUAUGUUCUUGGGUUGUGUGUGGGUACAGAAACUUUUCAACAGAUUUCCUGGACUACAGACUUCCUGAACAGUCUCUUUGGUCUUAAAAUUGUUCUGUGCAAGUGUCCAAUCUGCUUCACUGCUCUUGCAUGUAGCCUUAGUGUCACAAUACUGUGCCAUGUGUUUGAGAAAAAAAUGAGUUGUUUUUGAUAUGGCUACAGAUGACAUACAUAUUAAUCUUUGCAAAUGAAUUCUAAAAUGGCUCUAAUAUUCGAAGUCAUGAUUUCCUUACAGGUUUCUAGUGGAUCUAAUAAUUUAACUGUAGGCAUUUGUUUUCUGUAUGUUUCACUUGAAACUCAAAGUUGUCUUUGUUUUGUGCUGGAGGGUCAAGAUGGUAAACCUGGUGCUGAGAGAACCUUGAAAUUAUAUUUGAAAACCCAAACAAAAUCCUGUUCAUUGUCUGUGUUUAACCAUUUGCCUUGCUCAGACUUUUUUUGGAAAUACCCAUUUUUGCCAUGAUGAGUUGCUCAUGCCUGUUCCAUCCUGCCAUUUUGGUGGUACACACUUGCCCCAGUUUGGUUUUGCCAUGUGUUUUUAUGGUGGAGUGAUUCUGGGACCAACCUGAAGGGUUUCUCAUUCAAAUGAGUAGAUUUUCUUAGUGUUACCAGAAAAUGCUUGGAAUGGUCUUGCAUUGUGUUUUUUUAAUUCUUGCAGUUGAGGUGCAAGGAGUCUUCUGUGAAUAAUUGGCAAAGUGGAGGUUUUUUUAAUGGCUUGUGGCAUUGGAGAGUUCCUAAUGAAGCCCCUUGUGGAAAGAGGAUGGAUGGUUGUAGGAGAUAAAUGGCAGGUCUGUGGAGGAAUGAAAGGGGAUGGUGUUGGUUCUACUGGUUGAAGCCAAUGGUUCUGGGCUGUUGGGAUGCUGUGGCAUGGAUGUUCCCAUAGAACUCCAAACUAGCCCAUUGCCCCUUUGUCCUCCAGUGGUCCUCCAGUGACUGGUGGCUCUGUCUUGUUGUGAUGCUUAUGAAUAUGCCAGAUGUUCUUGUGCUUUAAGGGGUUGGUUUUGGUCGUGGAAGACAACUGGUAGUCAGAAUCAAGUGGUCAGGGAAUACUGGGGUCACCUCCAUUUCCUUGGUGAUAUAUCCUCUCAAUUCCAGGAUAUGUCGUGUUGGAGAUGUCCAUUGAUUGAUUUGCAAUUCUGCAGCUUGGCUAUUGUGCAGCUUUAAAAUUAAUUUGUUGUGGUAAAAUCUUGUUAAUGACCAUGAAUGGGUUAAGAAAGUGCAUUAGAAAUGAGCAGUUUGAUGGUGUUGGACUGGCUUGACCGCAGUGCCUCGGCGUAGCUGAUGGAAGUGGUGUGGCUGCUGGAUUUGAGUUGUUGGGGGAACCACUAGGGAGGCGCUGUGGAGCUGGAGGGCAGCUCUGUGCAGUUGGCUUGGGAGCGGGUGAUGCUCCUGUCCCCCCCUGCCAGUGCCAGCACUGGGGGGCAGAGGGAAGAGCUCUUGUCUGGGGAUUCUGCCACCAAACUGGGGGGAAGCUGCCCCUUGGGUGGGGUGACCCCCAGGGUGGGCUGCUGCUGUCUGCAUGGCUGUGAGCUCCACUGCCAUGCCUUCAAAAUGGCUUGUAACAGCACCACUUCCUGUCCAGGGAGGAAGUAAUUUUAGCCCAGGCACUGAAAUAUUUAACAAAUCUUUAAAACAAAAGGCACAAAUUCCAUUUCUUUCUGGCUUCCAAAGGGUGCCUGAGCCACAUGGGGUUAAGGUGCCCCUUGAGCUGGGGUAGUUGGAAGGAGCCAGGGCUGUGGGGUAGCAGGCACCCUUUAGGUGGAGGCUCUCUCUUUUUUUGGUAGAAAUGAAGGGGUGGGUCUAUGGUACAUCACCUGAGUUGUGGGGUAAAUGUAGAGAGUGUCAAUCAAAGGCAGAGCUCAGAGCUGGGAAGGAGCUCUAGAUGGCGGCUGUGCCUUAGAGAGAGCGCGCUCAGCUCCGUGCCUUCCCCAACACUUUACGCAACUUUCCCUAACUUUCAGGCAGCCUCAGGGGGCCCCCACAGCCCCUUGCCUCUCCUAGGCACUAAUCGGGGGCCGAGCGGACCUUUUUCGGGCAGAAAAGCAGCUUUUGAGGGCUCCCUUUUCGUGCCUUGCUGGAAAGAAGAAGCCGUGGAGAGAGCCCAGGUCGUUGUUUUUCCAGCUUAGAAGCCAUGGCGUACCUCCAUUUUUGUGCGCUCUCCUAAUGAGCUUUUUCCCCCGGACAUUUUUGUACUAAUUACCGCUUCUUUUGCUUUAUCGGCAGCAUAUUUUUGGGAUUAGAAUAUAUAUUUUUUUUUCAUUUUCUGAAAUUUGUAUUUUAUCCGUAUAAUUACAAAUAUUUUGGAUCUGAUGUUUUUCCACUACCCGAAACUAAUAUCGACUUGGUCCUGGCGGCGGUGCAUGGAUCAGUAAAUACCUGGGCACAGGACUUCAAAGCAAACAGACACCCCUGACCCCCUUUUAAUAUUUAAGAAUAAAAAGAUGAUGAGAAAUAAGGACAAAAGCCAAGGAGAGGAGGGUUCAGUCCACAGCAAUGCAUCGAGUCACUCAGCAUCCGAAGAAGCCUCUGGCUCUGACUCUGCAAGCCAGUCUGAAAGUGAGCAGGGCAGCGAGUCAAACAGCAGCUCCGAGUCCUCUGAGAGUCAGUCUGAAUCUGAAAGUGAAUCAACGGGUUCCAAAUCCCAGCAGACCCCUCCUGAAACCAAAGAAAAACCAGCCUCUAAGAAGGAAAGGAUAGCAGAUGUUAAAAAGAUGUGGGAAGAAUAUCCUGAUGUUUAUGGGGUUAGGAGGUCAAACCGAAGCAGACAAGAACCGUCACGAUUUAAUAUAAAAGAUGAGGCAAGUAGUGAAUCUGAAAAUGAGAGCCCAAAAAGAAGACGCCAGAAGCAGUUGAAAAGAAAAAUUAAAUGGAAAAGAGAGGUGUCUGCUGGAGAAGAGGAUGAAGAUGGAGGGGACCAAGGCACCAGUGGAGAGAGUGAGCCUGAACCGAAGAAAAUUAAAGCAAGAAGACCUGUCCAGAGGAGAACAGUGGCCAAAGCUGGUGUUAAAAAGCCCCACAAAAUCCAGCGUGGGAAGAGGAAGAAACCAGACUCAUCUGAAGAUGACGAUGAUGACGAAGACGAUGAGACCCCCAAGAGACAAACUCGGCGAAGAGCAGCCAAAAAUGUCAGCUACAAAGAGGAUGAUGAUUUUGAGACGGAUUCUGAUGACCUGAUAGAGAUGACUGGGGAAGGAGCUGAUGAACAACAAGACAACAGUGAAACUAUUGAGAAAGUCUUGGACAUCAGGCUUGGAAAAAAGGGAGCCAUUGGAGCUUCCACCACCGUGUACGUGACCGAGGCCAACGGCAACCCCAGCGCCGACUUCGACCCCGAGAAGGAGGAGGGGGAGGUUCAGUACCUGAUCAAGUGGAAGGGCUGGUCAUACAUCCACAGCACGUGGGAGAGCGAGGAGUCCUUGCAGCAGCAGAAAGUGAAGGGCCUGAAAAAGCUAGAAAACUUCAAGAAAAAAGAGGAGGAGAUCAAGCAAUGGCUGGGCAAGGUAUCACCUGAAGAUGUAGAAUAUUUCAACUGCCAACAAGAGCUGGCUUCAGAGCUAAAUAAACAAUAUCAAAUAGUGGAGAGGGUAAUAGCUGUGAAGACCAGCAAGUCUGCCACGGGACAUUCAGAUUUCCCAGCAAACAGUCGCAAAACAUCCUCGAAUGACCCCGAAUACCUGUGCAAGUGGAUGGGGCUGCCCUAUGCUGAGUGCAGCUGGGAAGAUGAGGCUCUGAUCAGCAAGAAAUUCCAGCACUGCAUUGACAGCUUCAACAGCAGGAACAACUCCAAGACCAUUCCCACCCGUGACUGCAAGGUGUUGAAGCAGAGGCCGAGGUUUGUUGCCUUGAAGAAGCAGCCCUCGUACAUCGGCGGGGAGAACCUGGAGCUGCGGGAUUACCAGCUGGAGGGCCUCAACUGGCUGGCUCACUCCUGGUGCAAGAACAACAGCGUGAUCCUGGCUGAUGAAAUGGGACUGGGCAAGACCAUUCAGACAAUAUCAUUCCUGUCAUACCUGUUCCAUCAGCACCAGCUGUAUGGCCCUUUCCUGGUGGUCGUGCCCCUGUCCACCCUCACCUCCUGGCAGAGGGAGUUUGAAGUGUGGGCACCCGAGAUAAACGUGGUGGUUUACAUUGGAGACCUCAUGAGCAGGAACAUGAUACGUGAAUAUGAGUGGAUCCAUUCUCAGUCUAAAAGAUUGAAAUUCAAUGCACUUAUCACAACAUAUGAGAUCCUCCUGAAGGAUAAGACUGUUUUGGGAAGCAUUAACUGGGCCUUUCUGGGCGUGGACGAAGCCCAUCGGUUGAAAAACGACGACUCCUUGCUGUACAAAACCUUGAUUGAUUUCAAGUCCAACCACAGGCUGCUGAUCACUGGCACCCCACUUCAGAACUCACUCAAGGAGCUCUGGUCCCUGCUGCACUUCAUCAUGCCAGAGAAGUUUGAGUUCUGGGAGGAUUUUGAGGAAGAUCAUGGGAAAGGAAGAGAGAAUGGCUACCAGAGCCUUCACAAAGUCCUGGAGCCGUUCCUGCUGCGCAGAGUGAAGAAGGAUGUGGAGAAAUCUUUGCCAGCCAAAGUGGAGCAGAUCCUCCGGGUGGAAAUGUCUGCUCUGCAGAAGCAGUACUACAAGUGGAUUUUGACAAGAAACUACAAAGCUCUUUCAAAGGGAACAAGGGGAAGCACAUCUGGUUUCCUGAAUAUUGUGAUGGAAUUAAAAAAGUGCUGCAACCAUUGCUACCUUAUCAAACCUCCCGAGGAAAAUGAGAGAGAGAAUGGCCUUGAGAGUCUGCAGUCUUUGAUCAGGAGCAGUGGAAAGCUGAUUCUCUUGGACAAGCUGCUGACCAGGCUGCGGGAGAGAGGCAACAGAGUGCUGAUCUUCUCCCAGAUGGUGAGGAUGCUGGACAUCUUGGCAGAGUACCUGACUAUCAAACACUACCCUUUUCAGCGCUUGGACGGCUCGAUCAAGGGGGAGAUCCGAAAGCAGGCGCUGGAUCACUUCAACGCCGACGGCUCCGAGGACUUCUGUUUCUUGUUGUCAACAAGAGCUGGAGGGUUGGGAAUUAAUUUGGCCUCUGCUGAUACUGUUGUUAUCUUCGACUCGGACUGGAACCCCCAAAAUGAUCUUCAGGCUCAGGCCCGAGCUCAUCGGAUUGGACAAAAGAAGCAGGUGAACAUUUACCGCCUGGUCACCAAGGGGACAGUGGAGGAGGAGAUCAUUGAGAGAGCCAAGAAGAAAAUGGUGCUGGAUCAUUUGGUUAUCCAGCGUAUGGACACCACUGGCAGGACUGUUCUGGACAACAACUCUGGGAGAUCCAACUCAAAUCCCUUCAACAAGGAGGAGCUGACAGCUAUUUUGAAGUUUGGAGCUGAAGAUCUUUUCAAGGAGCUUGAAGGGGAAGAGUCAGAGCCUCAGGAGAUGGACAUCGAUGAGAUUCUGCGUCUGGCUGAAACCCGGGAGAAUGAGGUGUCCACCAGUGCCACCGACGAGCUGCUCUCACAGUUCAAGGUUGCCAACUUUGCAACCAUGGAGGAGGAAGAGACAGAGCUGGAUGAGCGGUCCCAGAAGGACUGGGAUGAUAUCAUUCCAGAAGAGCAGAGGAAAAAGGUGGAGGAGGAAGAAAGGCAGAAAGAAUUGGAGGAAAUCUACAUGCUGCCUCGAAUCCGGAGCUCAACGAAAAAGGCUCAGACAAAUGACAGUGAAUCUGAUGCAGAGACCAAGAGAAGGCUACAGAGAUCCUCUGGGUCAGAAAGCGAGACUGACGACACCGACGACGAGAAGAGACCCAAGCGCAGGGGACGCCCUCGGAGUGUCAGAAAAGACACUGUGGAAGGAUUUACUGAUGCUGAAAUCAGGAGGUUUAUCAAGGCUUACAAGAAGUUUGGAUUGCCUCUUGAAAGGCUGGAGUGCAUUGCCCGGGAUGCUGAGCUGGUGGACAAGUCUGUGGCUGACCUGAAGCGUUUAGGGGAGCUCAUCCACAACAGCUGUGUGUCAGCCAUGCAGGAAUAUGAGGAGCAGCUGAAGGAAAAUCCAGCAGAAGGGAAAGGACCUGGAAAGAGACGAGGUCCUACCAUCAAGAUUUCUGGUGUCCAAGUCAAUGUGAAAUCCAUCAUCCAGCACGAAGAGGAGUUUGAAAUGCUGCACAAAUCCAUUCCCUCGGACCCAGAGGAAAGGAAGAAGUACCGCCUGACGUGCCGUGUCAAAGCUGCUCAUUUUGAUGUAGACUGGGGAGUGGAGGAGGAUUCUCGCUUGUUAGUGGGAAUUUACGAGCAUGGUUAUGGAAACUGGGAGCUAAUUAAAACAGAUCCGGAGUUGAAGUUGUCUGAUAAGAUCCUACCAGUUGAGACAGAUAAGAAACCUCAGGGAAAACAGCUCCAGACCCGAGUUGAUUAUCUACUGAAACUGCUGAAAAAAGAUCUGGACAAGAAAGAAAACAUGAAAGAUGGGGAAGAGGGCAAGCUAAAGAAGAGGAAACCACGAGUGAAGAAAGAGAACAAGGCUCCCAAAGUCAAAGAUGAGCAUGGGAAUGAACUCUCCUCUCCUCGGCACUCAGACAACCAGUCAGAAGAGGGUGAAGUCAAGGAGGAUGGCUUGGACAAGAGCCCAGUGAAAAAGAAACAGAAGAAGAAAGAGAACAAAGAGAACAAGGAAAAACAGACAUCCUCUAAGAAAGAAAAGGAAAGCGAUAAAGAGAAAAAGAAGACAAAAGACAAGAAAGAGAAGCCUAAAGGUGGCGAGGCCAAAUCUGGAAGUAAAGGGAAGAGAUCACAGGGUCCUGUCCACAUCACUGCAGGGAGCGAGCCAAUCCCCAUUGGAGAAGAUGAGGAUGAUGAUCUGGACCAAGAAACAUUCAGCAUAUGCAAGGAAAGGAUGAGACCAGUCAAAAAAGCACUGAAGCAACUUGAUAAGCCUGAUAAGGGACUGACAGUCCAAGAACAGCUGGAGCACACACGCAACUGCCUCCUGAAAAUCGGUGAUCGCAUCUCUGAGUGCCUUAAAGCCUACACUGACCAGGAUCACAUCAAGCUGUGGAGAAGGAACCUAUGGAUAUUUGUGUCAAAAUUCACAGAAUUUGAUGCCAGAAAACUACACAAACUCUACAAGAUGGCUCAUAAAAAAAGAUCACAGGAAGAGGAGGAGCAGAAGAAGAAGGAGGACAUGUCCAGCAUGAAGAAGCCGUUCCGCCCAGAGCCUUCAGGCUCCAGCCGCGAUUCCGUGAUGUCCCAGUCCCACGUGCCUCACAAUCCUCACUCCCAGAAGAUCCACAUGCCCCCUUCCCACACCCAGCAGCAGAUGCACGGCCACCCCCGGGACAACUAUGGCCACCCAAACAAGAGACAUUUCAGCAACACAGACCGAGGAGACUGGCAGAGGGAUCGAAAGUUCAACUACGGCGGCAACAGCAACCAGAUGUGGGGCGGGGAGCGGCACCACCAGUACGAGCAGCACUGGUACAAGGACCACCACUACGGGGAGCGGCGGUCGCGGGGGGAUCCCCACCGCAGCUCCGGCAACUACCGACCAAACAACCUGUCCCGCAAGAGGCCCUACGAGCAGUACAACAGCGACCGCGACCACCGGGGCCACCGCGACUACUACGACAGGCACCACCACGAUUCCAAACGCCGACGGUCCGAGGACUUCAGGCCUCAGAACUACCACCAGCAGGAUUUCCGGCGGAUGUCUGACCACAGGCCGCCCAUGGGCUACCACGGCCAAGGACCUUCGGACCACUACCGGUCCUUCCACACAGACAAACUGGGCGAUUACAAACAGCCCCUCCCUCCAUCUCACCCUGCCGUGUCGGACCCUCGCUCGCCCCCCUCUCAGAAAUCCCCCCACGAUUCCAAGUCACCUCUCGAUCACAGGUCACCUCUGGAUAGGUCAUUGGAACAGAAAAACAAUCCAGAUUAUAACUGGAACAUUCGGAAAGCGUAAAGCGACGGAGAGGGCGACGCGCGCGUCCGAGAUACUGGGAUUGGUGCGGCGGUGGCUGCUUUCUCCAAGCCAGCAACCAGAAACUCUGAACAUGCUGCUAUCAUCUGGCUGGGUCAAGGAGGAAUUUGGGGGAGUGGGUGGAGGAAGAUUUUCCCUAGUUCUUGAUUCUGGUUUAGAUUGCCAUUUCCUUUCCCCUUUUUUACCAUUGAACUGUUCUGUCACGGAACCAGCCUUGCUGCCUCGUUUGUUGUUUUGUUUUUGUUUUCCUCAGUCCAAUGGACCCAAGGGAGUUUUCCCCAGCCAGUGUUUCCUCAGAAGGAGAAGGCAGAUUGAUGCUGCUUAGGAUGGUGCAGAAGGCUGUGUGCCUGCUCUGACUUGAUGUUACGUGACAGAUGCUGCUCUGGGGUUGGGGAUAAACUGGUUGGGCUGGGAUUUGUGUGUCACCAGCAUGGGACAAUGGAAGGAUAUGUUCAAGGAGGGACAGGAAAGUCCCUCAGCAGCCAAACUUGGUUGAAAGAGGGACUUGAUGUCCCUGCAGAAUGACUCCAAAGGAGCUGGAGCCAUGCUGGUGACAGUCCAUCACUUUCCUGGCCAUUCUAUCAUUUUCAUGUCUUUAUCCAUUUCAAGAAACUGGCUCUGCUUUGAUUGCUGUUGUGUCCCCUGCAACAGAAGAGGUGGGGGGAUCUUCCUCCCAUCUCCAGAGCUGGAACUGGCAAAUCUUGACUCUGGGGGUAAGUGGGAGCUGGGAAGAAAAGGCCAACAGAAGGCUUAGUUCACUUCUAACUAUCGGGAAAUAAUUGGAGUGAGAACAGUAUUUCCCAGUGGACAGGGCUCAGGAAUUUGUAACAAAAUUCUUCUCUUCUGGCAUGGGCAGCUUGUGUGGUCCAGGAACUAACAGAUGCUGGCUGGGAGGUGCAAGAUCAAAAGAUGGCUCUGGGGAUACUGGAACUCCUAAUCUUCCUGCCACUAAGGUCUCUGGUCUUUGGGCAAAUAGUUUCUCUCUUUGCUUCAUAAAGCAGUGAUCACAAACCUUUACUGUAACUGAAGGAUAGGGGAUGGUAGAACAAAGUGAAAUAGGAAUCCAGUGGAGUGAUCACUGUUCAGGGAACGGUCACCUUUUGCAGCAGUCAGCAGUGACUCUGAAUUGCUAAAAGUAACUGCACUUAUAGACCUUUUGUUGGUCUAAGUUGGAAAUGAACCUGAAGACUUCGCACCUCAGUGAGCAGGGACAGAAUGAGGAAUUCAGGAGUGAUCUGUAAAGAUCCUUGGAGCAAAUGUCUUAGAGCCCAGCAUGGCAGAGGGAAAAGAGGAAUAUGCAGCCCAGCUCAGUGGACUUCAGGGCAAACACUCCAAGUAUUCAAACCACAGUAUUUGAUGCAAACCAGCAUCCAGCCUGGACACUGGUGUGAUGAGAGGGGUUGGUUGUGCACAUCCUGUUGGCCAGAAGCACCUUGGGUGAUUAUUUUUCAGGUUGGAGUUCCCUGGAGACCACAAAGGCUGCCCUGAGAGUGGUGUUUGGGGCUGCAUCACCACCCUGAGCUCAGUAUUAAAGACCAGGCUGUUCCAGACUCCUGUUUGGCAGGGCACAGAAGCUGGGCCUCCUGUUAAGAUGCCAGUGUUUGACUCUAAUAAGCUGUGAUGUCCCUUCCCCUAAAGACUGAGGGCAGAUGGGUGUUCAGGGCUGGCUUCCUGACUCCAGGCAGUGCCUUGGAAGGCGCAUGCAAACUGACACUAAUACUCCUCCAUGCAGUGUAUCCCUGGAAAUCUGCUGCCAUCACUCCUCCCCAUCCCGCUGCUCCAAGGGGACACACCGGAAGUGUUUUGUUCCCCUUUUGCUUUUAUGUUGCAAGAUUUCCACCGAAUUCAGGGCAGUUUUGUUUCCUCAGGGGCACUUGCUGCCCUGUUAAAGUGUUACACUUGUGUUUACCUGUGCAGGGUGAGGUGAAGGCAAGUCUUCCACAGUCCCCCUCGGAGGGGCGGGAGGUGUGGAGAGAGCACAUUUCCGUGGUGUUUCCCACUAAGCUGUGAUUGCAGGCUGUAUUCUUCAACAAAGAGGUCCUUUCUUUUCAGAGGUAUUAGCUUUUAAUGUGAAAAUGGAGGCAGCCUCAGAGGGACAAAGAGACUUGCUGUUUUUGUCACGGUGCUGUCUUGGUGGGAAGUUUGUGCCAUACUCGUGUAGCAAAGGCAAUACUGGCAACCAGUGUGAGGGCUGGUGCAGGAGAGCUUUGGAUCCCAGCAAGAGGCAUUUUCUGUGUUGAGAUGUGGGGUUUUUUGCUUAUCCCAGGUUCCAGGCAUGAGGUUGGUUGGGAUUUCCUUCUUGUGCAACAGCAAAAGCUUUACCCAUAUCCACUGGAGAGCUGUCCCCACUGUCACUUUAGCCUGAUGUUGAAGUCACAUCAUGUCCAUUUAUGAUGGGUGAGUCUUUGCUGGGUUUGGCUUUAGUGAAGCUGGAGAAGAUUUGGGAGGAAGUCUUCCCUGAGCACACACACACACACUUAAUGCAUUUUAUGUCCCCUCAGCAUAGGGACCAUAACCAAACACAGUCACGGGGACAGGAGUGGGAUCAGAGGGGACACAUCCACAGCCAUAAACUUCCCUGUGGUGUUUGUGACAGCAUUGGUACAGCUCUUCCUUCCUAACCAGCUGUGGGAUUCCCUCCAUCCUCUUUGCAGAAAAAAAGCAGUAACUUGCUGGGGUUCAAUUAAAAAAAAAAAAAAGAUUUUUUUCAGCCUGACCUCUUUGGAAAUGGUGUAAAGUUAUGAGUUCACAUGGUGGAAAUCCUGCAGACCAAAACUUGUUGUGGGGACAGCUGAUGUGGUCCCAACCAAAAUGGACACGGAACCGAGUGCUGAAGUCCUUGUGUGAAUGGUUUGUGAUCCACACAAAAAUAUUUUUCUGCUUUCACCCGUUUCCUCCCCACCUCUGCCUCCCCUCUGGGGAGAGAAGGACUCUUACUGUAAAAAUAUGGACUUUUAAACCUGUUGACUAAAAACAGUAAUUAAUAUUAAUUUAUAUUUGUGAAAGAAAUGCCACUGUCCUAGUGAUUUCUGAUGUAAAUAUGUUGUUUAUAUAGUAUGUAUGAAAUUUUCCUACAUUGUAAAACUGCUGUACUUUUGAUUCUUGUAUAUUAAAAAGUGUUACUGAGAUUUUCAGAA